AUGCGGUCCUCUCUCCUUCUUCUUCCCUCUCUGGUGGGUUCCAUCUGGGCCUCGCCCGCUCCAUCACCUCUUGAUGAUGCCUCCAUCUUGGCCGACCUUGGCCGCCGAGCCGCUGCUGCUGGCCAACCCACCUACACCGUCACCCAGUGCGUGGUUCAGGUCAAGGGAGACCCAGGAUUCGUCGGCCUCAAGCCAUGGCAGGUGGACGGGACCCUGUGGCUCGCCCAGGGGGUCCCGGGCCCGGCCGGCAACAAGAAUGACGGCAACUUCAUCGACGUCCUCCUCCGCGCCGGGGGCAUGUACAUAGAUGGCCCCGUGUCACCUACUGCCUUUAUAUAUAGCGGCUUGGUCGGGGCCGUCCAGUUCGUCACCAACGGGUACCUGACCCAGCUUCCCAGCAACAAUCCGCGUCCCAGCGUCGACUACGUGCGCGUCCUAGGCGACAUGACCAGAUUCGAGGCGGACCUCGACUUCUCCAACGUUCCCUGGGGGCAGCAGCCGCAGAGGUUCUCCUUGUCCAAGGCGCUGCAGUCCGGUGGCUAUGGCCCGACGGUUUCUUAUCCUGCCACUUCGGGGUGGCUUGGACUCACGUUCACACCCACGGGCAAGGACACAAAGACCCUUAACGGUGCCAUCACGCUUAUCAGCGAUACUCCAGGUCAAUACGGUCAAUACAUUGCCCUUGUUACUGGAGCGUGUUAUGGAAAUGUAACUCUUCCACUCAAGCUUGCUUAG